AUGACCACCACCGCCACCCCACCUCCUAGCCCGCAGCAGACCGCAACAACCACCACCAAAAACCCACCCCAGAAACCCCCCCUCAAGAAAGCAUCCCUCCUUUCCCGCUUCCUCCUCUUCGCCAAGCUGGGCCCACCCGUGCCGCAGCGCUGCCGCAACCGCGCAACCGUGUCCGACGCGGAGCGUAGGCUGGCCGCCAAGCACCGGAUGAGCGUCGACGACUACCGCGAGUGGCGAAUGUCUCUGUCGACGUCCGCAGCUUCGUCGCGGCCGAGGAGCGCUGCGGACGAGGAAGAAGGAGGAGGAGGAGGAGGAGGGGAGCGGGACGAGGAUGAGGACGAUGGGGUUUUGAUGUCCGGGGCACAUGGCGGCGGCGACGACGAUGGGGAGGAGGUGCGGCUGAGACGGGAUGAUGAUGAUGAUGAUGAUGAGGGAAGGAGGCGGCAGAGGAGGAGGAGAAGGAGGAGCGAAGAGUUGGAGAAUAGAGAAAGGGAGGAGGCGGCGGUGCCUCCUCGGGUUCAGCAGAGGGGAGAGUCGAGCCGUGAUGGGAGCGUCGGCCGCUACGGAGACAUGGAGAAGGAGUGGAAGGGUGAACGCACUCGCUCUUCAUCUUCCUACUCCUCCUCCUCCUCCGCCGCUUCCGCUUCCGCCUCUCCAUCAUCCUCCCACCUACGCAACGCAACGGCCUCUCCGAGUAGUACUACUCCCGCUACUACUACUACUACCCGCACCGCCCGGACCGACUCCGUGCUACACGCCCCGCAGCCGAAGCCGAAGCAGGAGCAUCACGACCAGCACCUCAACCGUCAGUCAACUCCACCUCCUCCCGGCCGACGAAGCAGCAGCAGCGCUAGGAGCAGCGACGGUGGUCGCGAUGACGAUCGGGGUGAGACGAGGACUCGGCCCAGCACGGAUUUGCUGCUUGCCAGCAACAAGCAACCAACAUCUCGGAAGAACAACGAUGUGAAGCAAGGCCGAGGACGGCUGGUCAAGACUUUGUUCCUUCGGCGAAGGGGUAACAGUGAUAAGGAUAAGGGGGUGCUGAGAGGGAGGGGAAAGGGGAGGGAGCGGGUGUUCAGUAAGUGA